GGAUUAUUUAAGCGGUACGAAAGUAAGUCUAAGCCACCUUUUGCGGACAGUAACGUGACUUGAGCAAACAUGAGAGGGUUUUCACUACUUGUGACCGUCGUGCUAGCGGCCUUGGUAGGAAGCAGCAGUACAGCUUCCAUCCGAAAGGUGACUGUGAUGAGUGCAACUUGCAAGGGAGCUUCUGGGCCAUUUCCGAACCCGGAUAGCUGCAGAAGCUUCCUACAGUGUGAGCCAUCAGGUGUCGCAACGGUCAUCCCAUGCCCAGCAAACCUCGAGUUCAAUCCAAAUCUGAUGGUGUGUGACUUCCCAGAGAGAGCUGGUUGCUCCUCAUCACCGUCUCCACCAGCUGACGACGACAAUGGAAAUGGUGGGGGAUCAGAUGAUAACGGAGGCGCUUCACCAGCUCCACCAUCUGGCGACGCCCCCAGCUGUCCCCCAUGGAAUCCUAAUGACGUCACCCAGCUGCCCAAUCCGAAUGACUGCAGCAGCUUCUACAAGUGUGACGAGAACGGCGUUGCCUGGGUCAUUGAAUGCCCAGCCGGUCUCGAAUACAAUGCAGAGCUGAGAGUGUGUGACUACCCAGAAAAUGCUGGUUGCUCAUCAUCUGCACCAAGCAACCCAUCUGAGGGGGGUGAAGAUAACGGAAAUUCUAAUGCAGGUGAUGAUGUGAGUCCAAAUCCACCAGCUGGAGAUGCUCCUACUUGCCCAGCUUGGAAUCCAAACGACGUCACACAGUUGCCCAAUCCCAGUGACUGUAGCAGCUUCUACAAAUGCGACGAGAAUGGUGUGGCUUGGCUCAUACCAUGCCCAGCUGGACUCGAGUACAAUGCGAAGCUGAGGGUAUGCGACUACCCAGAGAGUGCUGGUUGCUCAUCGUCAGCUGCUCCAAGUAACCCAUCUGGCGACGAUUCCUCUAAUGGCGGUCAAGACAACGGAAAUACUGGCUCUGGUAAUGGCGAAAGCCCACAGGAACCAGCUGCAGAUGCUCCCACAUGCCCACCUUGGAACCCGGAUGACGUCACCCAAUUGCCGAACCCCAGCGACUGUAACAGCUUCUACAAGUGCGACGAGAACGGAGUUGCCUGGUUGAUCCCGUGCCCAGCAGGACUGCAGUACAACGCCGAGCUGAGGGUGUGCGAUUACCCUUCAAACGCCGGAUGUACCGUCUAACAUGAAUAACCCUCCAUUAAGACAAUAUUUGUGUAAUCACCCAGUGUUCAGCCAUCAAAUGUUUGACUCAAAGCAUGUUUGAAGUGUUCUUUGUUGAAAUAUCUCACCUGUCGGCCUACAAAUACUGAGGUUAUGAUGAAAUGUGUUAAGUUCUCUAUGGAUUACAUCUGAUAAUUGAAUGGAAUAAAAUUAUGAUGAACAAGA